AUAUUUCUUAGAUUUUGUGGAGUAUAGGUAUAGGUAUUUUAUUUAGUGUUUUAGAAUUGCUAGAUAAUCACUGAUCGAUGAUAAAUUUAUGAUACAUCAUUGGUGUUUAUUUCUUUGUCGUGUUAGCUAAAGUACAAAUUUUAUUCAUAGCCAUUUUAGUGAAGUCAAAUUUACAAAAAACGUAGAAUUGAAUUUUUAGGAACCAUGGCCUUAGUAAUGGAAAAUACAAAAAUCCUUGAAUUUCUUGAACUUGUUGGACGAUUAAAGCAUAUAAAAAGAACAGGCUGGGUAAUAUGUGAUAUUGACGAAUGUGAAUCAAUUGCUGGCCAUAUGUAUCGCAUGGGCAUAAUGACAUUUUUACUUACCGAAGAAAACAAUCCCACCAAGCUGGACCGUUUUAGAUGUCUGCAAAUAGGUAAAGUAUUUUUAUUGGUUCCUAAGAAAUAUAAUUAAAGUAGUUACAUAUGGAGUGUAACUCAAUUAAAAAUUAUAUAUUAUUACAUUGGAUUUGUAUUGUUUACUACUGUUACUUAUUGAUUUAGCAAGAAAGUUACGAAAUAAUUAACCACAGGCAAUAUUGAUUACUUGUGCUAAUGGUAUUGUUACCCAACCCACGAAACCACAAGUUAUAUUAUACCGAUAUUAUUAGAAUUACCUAUUGUGAAUAAACAGAUAACAUUCUUAAAAAAUGUUUUUGACUGGAAUAAUUGUUGUAUAGUCGCAGUGUAAGUGAAUUCACCACCCCAUAUCAUACAGUGGACAUUUUAAGAGGUAACAAUGAACUAGUAUAAUAAAUAACAUUUAGAAAUAAUGUUUAUCAGCAACCAAAUAUAUUUAAAUACAAAGGAGCUCUUCUGAACUACGUGAGCACCUGAAUCUUGGGAUUAGAAUUAAUUUAGAAAGUAUUGAUUAUUUUAGGUAAUUUUCUUUCAUGUUUUGCUAGGGUAAAGGAUGAGUAUAAUUGGUAUUGAUAGUAACAAUUAAAUUCCUUAUAAAAAAUAUCGCACAUUAAAAGUCUCUAUGUUUACAAUGACUAUUAUGUACACAUAUGUACAUUGUUCAUUAUGUGACUUAUUUGUUAAUAAAACAAAUUAAUUGUAAAUUGGCUAGCUAUAAUCAUAAUCACUCAAAUCAAAUACAAACAAAAUAGCAUGUUAAACAAUUGGAUUUUAAAAACAUGGUAUCGACAAAAAAAUUUUAUAUGAUAUGAGUGCUAAUAGACACAUUUGUAAAUCAGAUAAAAUCCAAAAUCAAGCACUACGUAUUAUAGGGGGGUUUAUCAAAACCACGCCAAUACACAUUAUGGAAAGUGAAUUAAAUAUAACGCCCCUGUUUCUAAGAAGAAAAUUUCUAGCAUAUAAAUAUUGUCUGAAAAGUAAAUCUAGAUCUAAUAAUACAACUAUUAAGUUACUAACAGAACUCAGCUUAUUCUGUAAAGAUAGGUACUAGCAAAAUAAAAAGAAACAGCUUCUAGCUAUGACAUUAGAACAAGUUAAUAAUAGUAAUUUGUAUUCUUCGGAUCCACUAGAUAUGUUCUCUUUAAAUACUUGGGUAUCAAGUAUUAAUAUUAAAACUGUAAUUAAGGAAGACUUAGAUUGUAUCAAGAGUGCUAAAAGAUGUCAGGAGAUAAAUUCUUUAAAGUCGAAUGUGAUCAAUGAAUUGAAUGUUAAAUAUUUUGGAUGGCACAAGCUUUUUUGUAAUGGAUCUAAGGAUAAAUGUAGGGUAGGUGCCGCUUAUGUAGAUUCAUUACUGGGUAAUAAAUGUAAGAUUAAAAUUCCUAAUAAUUUGACAAUAAUGUCAGCUGAAUUAAUUGCUGUAAAUGAUGCCCUAGUAUAUGAUGGUACAACAGAUUUUCAAAAAACAGUUGUAUUAACUGAUAGCAAGAGUGCUCUUCAACAUAUUGCUCGAUGUGCCUUUGGUCUCAGAGGUGUAUCGAUAGCAUACCAUAUAUUAAAUGAAAUAUUUAAACUUCAAUGUAAAAACUGUAAUUUAGUAUUGCAGUGGGUACCAUCACACAUCGGUUUACAAGGCAAUGAGGAGGCUGACAAACUGGCUAAAUUGGCAAUUACACAAGGAAGAGAAUGUAAUAUUGAUCCAGAUUAUACAGAAAUUUUAAUUAAAUACAAAGAGAAAUGUUAUGCACUUUGGAAAGAAUAUUUUGAUAAAAGGUCGCAAGAAAAAGGGAUUUGGUACAAAACUAUCCAGAGUCAGCCUCCGAAAGUGCCUUGGUUCAAUUAAUGUCUGUUGAACAGAAAAUCUGUUGUAUUAGCAAUGUGACUUCGCUCUGGACACAUUCCGUGCAACAAGUUUGCUUUCAUGAUGAAAGAAAAACAAUCUCCAAAUUGCAAAACAUGCAACACAAUCGAAGACAUACAGCUCGCGGAUUGUUACAAAAACCAUCACGAGAGGAAACUACUGGUCGCCAAAACUGACAUUAAAAUGUACAACAUAGGGGAAUAUCAAAGUAUACUCUCUGAACCACUGUCAAAUGCUGCUCAAAUGGUUUAUCAUUUAUUAAGUAUUGUAUAAGUAAUUAAGUAUUUUUUGUGCUAUUUAGUUAUAAGGUACAAUGGGACUGACAUGUUAAUAAUAACGAAAGUCUCUUAAAUAAAAAAGAAUAAAAAAAAACUAUUAAAAUUAAUUAAACUGAGCACAAGUUGAUAAUGCCCCCUAAGAGGCAGUUUAUGGGGUAGGCCUGUGAUCAGCAUUGGUCUUUCAUAGGCAGUAAUGAAUGGUAAAAUGAAGCACUAGUUACCAACCACCCAAUACAGUCAGUCUAAAAAAUAGUAAUUAUUGUACACUUUCUUAGUAAAACUCAACUCACUUUCAUAUUAAUAAGGUCUAACAUAUUAAUAAGGUGUUUCCCAAUUAGUGAUAUGCAUAUGCGAGUUUGCCUGAAGGAGUAUGCUUUUGACUAAGGUAUGGACAAUCCCUUGACUAAGGUUAAAUAAAAUAAGCUAUGUAAACAUUACAAUUGGUGAUGGACAAAUGUGCACAUUUGUCCCUUUGAACUUUAAUAACCAAUGCAUUUUCACUAUCAUUAAAAAUUUUUGAGAAUUUAAUAAUUGGCAAAAUUAUGAUUUUAUAAUUUAUUGGAGCUUGAGCUCUUACUCAGAUUGGAACACCUGAAAAAUUAAUUGGGAACCACUGGUCUAUUCAAAACAUGCAUGCAUAUUUUUUAAAUUUUUUAAAACUGUGUAACAUAUACAUAUAGAAAAUUCAGAGUAUAGUAAAUGAUUAUUAUGCUAACCAGUAUUCUGUUUGAAGAUAACAUCAUUAGAGAGAGAUGUCACAAAGGUACCAACUAUAAGCCCAUUCACAACUUGUUUGGUAUCUAUCACUAUUGUGAGUUUUCACAACUUGCUAGCUUUACUUGUCGUUUUUAUAGAUAUUUGACAAAGGUUACUGAACCUUAAAGUAUCAAUAUUCUAUAUGCUAAAAGUAAUGCAACUAUUUUCAUUAGUAUUUGUUAUAGCAGACAAAUGCAUAGAAAUGCAUAGGAUGAUAAAUACUCUGUAAAAUGUUGCAGCAUAUAUCCAUCUACAGAUUAGUGGAUAAAGCAGUAAUGACCAAAAUAGACUAAAAUUAAGUUUGUAUAAUGUUGUGUAAAUUAAUACAAUGUCACAGUGCAUUUAAGGUUAUAUCUACACCUUCUUCAAUCCAUGUGCCACCAGAAAUUCGACAGUAAGUUAUUGGUACAAAUACUUCACUGUCUGAAACAGAGCCUUAAAAAAGGUUGCAGUAGCUCUUGUCUCGCCAACAACACAAAGUCAGGAAUUUGCAUUUAGAAAAAGCCAAAAUUAGGGGCUUUUUAGGAGCUAAUUAAGUGCUCUACAUUAGGUACAGGGCUGAUUGCAGUAGCUGAUUCUUUGAGUUCUGUAUCAAUUUUUGAUGCCUCUUAACACUAGCUGCAAUUCUGCUAAGAGCUAACCACAAAGUUUUGUUGAGCAACUAGGCAAAUUAGUCAAAUUGUAAGAAAAAAAUAUAGAGGUAAUUAGGGUUCACUUUCUACAUGACUAUACCCAGUAAUAUAUUGCUUCAAAUUUUCUUUUUAACAUCAGACUAUUAAGCAAGUUCUGUAUUUGUGAUAACUAAUAUCGCCCGUGGUUAAAAUUUGGCCAAUUAUAUGGAAUUCUAAGAAUUUGUUGGCAUAACUUUUUUUUUUAAUUUUUGUCCAUGUAGGGAAAUCAAAAGAAUCUUAACUAAUACAACCAUAAACAUGAUGAAAAUGCUUUCAUUUAAUUGAUUGGGCCAUUUUGUAUGGAAAAUAUAUCUCUCUCUAUUGACCCACCUUAAUGGCAAUAAUAAUUUUAUUUUUCGUGCACAUCUAUGGUAUCAUACCUUUAUUACCCAAUACCUCUUAACCUAUAAGUUCCAUUCCCCUCCUCUCAUAAUCAUGUAAGAGCUACGAUAGUGCUACCAUGUGGAAUAUUAGCAAUUUUUUAUUUUUGUGUAAACCAUAAAUAACUAUAAAAAUAAUUGUUUAAUUUUCAGCACUUGUUCAUGAUCUCGCUGAAUGUAUAGUUGGAGACUUAACACCACACUGUGGUGUAUCUCCUGAUGAGAAACAUAGAAGAGAAGACGAAGCUAUGAAAAAAAUUGCUGAACUCACUGGCAUUGCUGGGGAUAGAAUGUAUGAUCUAUAUAAGGAAUAUGAAAACCAGAGUUCGCCAGAAGCAAAAUUUGCAAAGGAUUUAGAUCGCUACGACAUGAUAUUACAAGCAUUUGAAUAUGAGAAACGUGAAAACUCACCAAAAAAGUUGGAAGAAUUUUUUAAAGCAACUGAAGGAAAAUUUGACCAUCCCUUCAUCCAACAAUUAGUUACAGAACUGUACAGACAAAGAGAAGAAUUCGAGAAGAAAAGUUUAUUAUUAAACGGAAAUAUCUAGUUUCUUUUUAAAAUUAAACUAGUUUUACUU